ACGCUGCGUUUUAGAAGUGCAGUGUGUUCGUGUUUCUGUCUUUGAUUUUGCAAGUAGGGAUUAACCGUACUGUGAAUCUUCCAAAUUCAUGAUUUCGAUCGAAAUCCACUAACUUUCUAUCUCCGAAUCCCCCCGUUUCUUGCACUUUUCAAUCGUUCGAACUCAGGUUCCGGGAGAAGAACAACAAGUUUUGGAGUGUUCCUUUUUUAGAACCAUGGAUACUCAGAGUGGAGAAGAUGAUUAUGAUCUACAUUUUGCUGUUUCCACAAUGCUGAUGAGGCUGGAGCUGAAUCUUGCAUGUUUCUCAGAGAAAGUUACAAACUUGGGCAUCUUUGUGAUGAACUUGGAGACCCUUGAGUGUGAAUUGGAGACAAUGAUUUUGGAAAAAAAUGGCAUUGAUGGAAUGGUAAUGGACAUGGAAUGUGCUGAGAAGGGGCUUGAGUUUGAUCUGUUGUGUGGAGUGUUGGAUUCUGAGGUGAGGGAAUUGGGUGUGUUUUUGGGGACCCUUCAUGCUGAGAUUGUUGAAGCUGAGCAGUUUGUGUCUUCUAGCAGCAGCAUUUGGAGGAACCGGUUGGAAGUUUCUGAGGAAGGGUUCAAGCAAUCUGAGGAGCAGUUCUCUGAGAUUAAGAAGCAAUCUACUAAUUUUCAGAGGACUUUGUCUUCUUAUAAGAGAGAAGAAAGUGGUAAUGCCGAAGAGGGUGUGAAAAUCCCAGAGGAUGACCACUCUUCGGAUGUCAAAACAGGAAUAAACAUGCAAACAAUUGAGCAACAAAGACAUAUUCUGAGGAUGUUGGAGAAAUCUUUAGCAAGUGAAAUGGAUCUUGAGAAGAAUAUCAAUAAGUCAAGACAAAUUGAAGAAACGCUAAAGCUUAGGAUAGCUUCUUUAGAGCAAGAGCUAAUUCAUGCGGAGGAAGAAGCUGCUGAUGUUUGUGAAAGAUGGUUUGAGGCAGACAAUGCACGUGAGAUCUUGAUGGGAAUUUCAGUAGACCUGUUAGGCAAGCUCCAGAUUUCUCAGUUCAAUUUGAAUGGUUUAAAUCAGAGAGAAUCUGAGCUCAGAGCUAAGCUUGAAAGCGGCAAUUCGGAUAAGGUGUCUUCACUUGAAAAGCAGCUAAAAGAAUAUGAAUCUCAGCUCCUGAAUACAAAGGCCUCUGCUGAUGAAUAUCAGAAACAGUAUACUGCAAUGUGUUCCGAAAUAAGAGACAUGGAAAACCUUGUUUUUGAGCUGAAAGAAAAACUAUCUAAUGCAGAAAGUCGAGCUAAAGCUGCAGAAUCUGAACAUAUGUUAUCGUCGGACGGUUGCACAUCUGAGAAUGUAGAACCACUUGAGAAGCAAUUAAAGGAAUAUGAUUUACGACUCCAGCAAGCAGUCGCAUCUGUUGAAGCUAGUCAGGAGAAGCAAAGUAUGUUAUGUUCCACAAUUAAAGAUAUGGAGCUUGUGAUAGAGGAUCUGAAGUUGAAGGUUUCUAAAGCUGAGAUACGGGCUGACAGUGCGGAGGACAAGUGUAUCAUAAUAUCCGAAACUAACGCAGAGUUGAAUGAGGAGCUAAGCUUCUUGCGAAACAGAUUGGAAUGCUUGGAGGGAUCAUUGCACCUGGUGGAGGAAGCCAAAGUGGCAACUGCAAAGGACAUCAGAAAGCGGACAAUGAUUUUCCAGAAUUUGAUAACACAGAUUGCUCUUGAAAGAGAACGUCUUAAUAAGCAGCUUUCUUCCUUAGCAAGUGAGAACAAAUUUUUGGCGGUAAAGCUAAAGCAGGCUGCAAAUGGUAUUUUUCCAGAAUCUAAUGCUUCGUCAGCGAAUGACUAUGAGGCGGACAGGUGUUGGAUGAAUUUUUCUGCGAAUGAUAAUAAAACCAAGGUUGGGGAUUCUCUGCCGGAUGCCGGGUCAGUGAGGAGAAUAGAUGCCGGAGUUCUUGGUUUUAAGUUCUUGUUCAAAUCGUUUCUUGUUGUACUGGUUUCAGCUGUGGCUUUUCAGUUUUUCAAGGAUGUGAAUGUUGAUUUCGGUCUAUAAUUGAGUUAUCACUUAUCAGAAGGGAAUUGGGGAGGUGCCAUUGGUAAUGGGAUUGUAAAUUGUGAUGCAAAUCAUUAUGUAGUAAUCAAAUUUUGUUUUCUGGUCUUGAAUCAAAAUUUUACUCCCACCGAGAGUAUAUGGAUCCUUUCUCUUGAUUCCUGAAA